AUGUCGAGUCGCGGACCGCCUUCGCAGGCGUCGCAAGUUCCCUCGCGACCGUUUUCCGCUCGUCCACCCUCGCCCGCUCGCCCGCUAGGCUCGAUACAAUGGUCGGCACCUCGCACCGUCUACAAUCCGACGCCGCUGCCGCACAGCGCUUCGGUACCGCCUCUGUACGGCCGGCGCGGGUCAACGGGGUUCUACGACACGCCUAUCGGCCAGCACCAGGUUCAGGUUGCGGUCGACGAGUUCGGGCGACCUCGACACGACUGGGGAGGCCCGAGCUACGCUUAUACGGCGCCGCGCCUCGCGACGUCGCCAACCUCUCCUCCUCGACCGCGAUCCUCCUUCAUCUUCACCUCGCAAUCGCUGCGCCAGUCCGCCUCACCCGUCUCACCCGCGAACGAUGUCGCCGUCGCAUCAGCACCGCCACCACUAGCGGGAAGGAGGAGGUCGAUCGCGGCCGGGUCCGGGGACUCGCUUCCUCGCCGACCGAAGACGCCGCCCGACUGCUGCGCCGUCUGUGCGGUGACCGACACGGCAGAAUGGCGGAAGGGGCCUGCCGGGAACCGCUCGCUGUGCAACGGGUGUGGCUUGUUGGCGGCAAAGCGUGCGAAGGAGCGGGAACUCCAAGGAUAUGCUCCGCCCGCUACGCUCGACGAGAUUGAGCGCGAGCUGGAGACGAUCGAGCGUCGACGGACGCUAUGUCCUUCCCGAAGGCACGAAGCAGCGCAUCAUCGACACGCAGGAGAGGACGAGGGCGGCCACGGCCGCGCGGCCGGAGUCGGCGCCGAAACGCUCGAGGUCCAAGUCUGUCAGAGCGCAAGCGCACGAGCGCAUUGCCGAGGAUGCGAGGAAGGUAGCUGCAAACGCCUUGAUUGGCAUGUCGAGACGCGCUUCCGUUAG